CUUUGAUACUUUGUAUUGUAACAUCAUUUACUGUCUCUUCAUUCAUCGUUCUGAUAUACCCAAAAUUAAAUCAAUCCCUCUUAAAAGUUUGAAUAUCAUUGUCAUUCGUUUGGGUCAACCGAAAAGUCUCGUGCUUCAUUCACUUACCUGCCACUCUCGAAGAAUAAUUUCAUUCUAGCUACUAGUGUCAGCGUAGUCGCCCUCCUUCUAGUUAUAAUUCGAACGAUCUCUGCUAUUUUCGACAUAGACAUUUGAAGAUAUAUAAAAGUUAAGGAACCGUCGAUUUCAACCUUAAUACAUCCACAUACCUCGCGUUCUAUUUCGGACGUGAUUUAAUAACAACCCCCCCCCCAAACCGCAACCACGGCUUCUACACUCGCUCCCAUUUAUCGGGCAUCGCCCCUCGAUAUUCAUCUGCGGCCUUCUUCAGGAGACUCAAGUCGAGAUCUGCCUCCAUUCCGAAUGUCACCCUCAAUAAGUGAUGGGAGGCAAUCAUUACCAAUCAUGCCGCCCAUGGAUCCAAUUUCUCGACCAUCUUCGACCUCGACAGUGAACUCCUCUCUACACCAUAGCGCAUCACUGCCGCAACUACCUGGUCUAUCAGCACUGGCUUCAUUAGCUUCGGGUACAGGUUCACCACAAUUGAGAGCAUUCAAUGUUGGACAAAAUAUAAAUAUGGGGUAUGCGACAUCAUCACCAUCUGCUACUUCCGGAGGAGGGCAAAACAAUUCACCACCUACCUGUCAGAAUUGUCAGACUUCAACGACUCCUUUAUGGCGAAGAGAUGAAAUAGGUUCUGUAUUAUGCAAUGCUUGUGGUCUCUUCCUGAAAUUGCACGGGCGACCUCGGCCGAUAAGCCUCAAGACAGAUGUUAUCAAGAGUCGAAAUCGCGUUAAGAGUUCAGGUACUGCUCAAGGUGCAAAGAAAAAGACUCUAUACGAAGCUAAUGGUCUUGACCAAGCGCGAUCGCAAGCUGGCACACCACCGCCAGGUUCACUUGGACAUAGAAGAGCAUCAGGAAAGUCUGCCAAUGGUCACUCAGAUGGAUCGAAUUCUCCUAUCUCCAGAACUGCGACUCCCUCGAUGUAUGGUAAUCAUUUACCUCCAUUCAACGGAAAUGGCUUGGAAGAACAUCAUUACAACCAUUCCCCGUCUCUUCCGCCUAUGCACAUCCGACAACCUUCUCCUGGCGAUAUACGGUCUACAUCCCCAUCUAUGAAUGGUCCGCAUGGUCUUGAAGUGCCUCAGACAUACGAACAGCUUAUCGCCCAGAAUUCAUCUUUGAAAACUCGCGUCAACGAGCUGGAGGUUAUAAACGAACUCUUUCGUGGUCGAGUCACCCAACUUGAACAGGAUGAAGCCAAUGCGAACCAAGGAGUGGCGAUGCUUAGAGAAUCGGAGCAUAAUUUAAUGAAUCGACUUGAGGAAUCUCAACGUCGAGAAAAUCAAUUGAAGCGUCGCCUGGAUGAUGUUGAACGUGAACUCAACGAACUGCGUGACGGGGCACCUCGCGCUAAGAAAAUGCGUGUUGCAGAUAUGGUUGGGGACAGCGAGUCGUCAACUCCACAAUCAGUCACUUCAUAGUUCAGCAAAAUCACCACCACCUCUCAUUGAUCUUAUGCGAUUCAUGAAAAUAUCAAGAUUGGCGUGUGGCGUUUUUUUUGCUUCUUGUCAAUGGAUGAUACCACAUAACGAACCCUUUCCUCUACUCUAGUGCAGUACAUUGAUCCCAAUGGAAAUUUGUUUGCAUUCUCUUCACAUCAAACUGCUACUGGUACUCCAGUCUCCACCAACAUUGAUGGAUUGUACUACUACAAAAAUAUGCGCUUCCUUUCUUGCGUUUCUUUCCCAUGUCAUGUUAGGAUCCUCAUCAUAUCACCAAAAAAAUUAUUCGGGCAGACGCAUGGAUGGUCGCGUCACCACUUUAAUGUCAAAAUAAUAAGCCACCCACCUUUCGCUUUCGACAUCUUUAACUAUUGCAAUUUACGAUACCAGUUUUAGACAUGAACAUGCAACAGCAUGAAGCCUGUCGUAUACUUCACGAAUGGCAACGCCGUCGAAGAAAGGAGGAACUCUAAGCUAUGAGUUUCAAUGGAGAGUUAGAAGUAGAUAUGAAGUUGUGUUCUUUCUCGCCAGGUUUUCCUCCCCCUUCUGCUCAUGCACGACGCAAAAAUAAAAGCUCGUGCUGUCCAUGCAUGUUCAUGCACUAUCGCUUCCCUUUUUGCAACGAAUGCCGGUCAAAUAUUCGAAUGCCAAGCGGAUGGCAGCGUUGUGAUAUAGUUUGGCCUUUGCUGAUAAGAUGAUUGCGUUUCGAGAGCAAAACAAAAGUUCAUGGUUCUGAAGACUCCCGUUUGUUCUACCUUUCUCUUGACAUGAUGAUGUGAUGUGAUAUGAUGCAAAUAUU